GUUUACUCAUUCCUUUCUCUCUCUUUCUUUUUUUUUUUUUUCCAUUUCUUUUGGAUAUUCAAAUCGUGGUUAUGUGAUUAUGUCCCCCCUCCAUUUUGUAACCUAGUUUUCUUGACCCUUUUGGUCUUUUCACUCCUCUGAAACUCCAAGUUUCCACCUUGACUCUGUAGUGUUGUUCAACAGCGUAACCCUCCAAAAGUUUCAUGUUUCGCUAUCCUCUCUUCUUCGAGUUCUCUGCAUAAAUUUUUCAUCUUUUGGGGUACCCACAUGCAUAUUCUGCGCCCCCAAAGACUCUGAUUUUUGUCUUUUUCUGCUCGAGGGUAUUGCGCUCUCAGCUACGAGACUCGGUGAUUUUAUGGAGUUUUUGGUCUGCAUCUACGUUUAGACUCCAGAAGCUAUAAACAGAAACUGGGGAAACAAUGUCGUCCCACCAACAAAAUCCACCUGCGGAUUCGAAAUCUCUGCAACAAGAAAUGGGUUCUGAGAAAACGAACGCAGAAGCAGAUGUUAAACCCUUCUCUAUAAGACAAUAUGCUCUUGCUUGGCGUCAUAGAAGCAUCUUCCAUAGCUGGCCAUUUCCUGAGAAGUACUUGCACAUGUGUUUAAGCCGCGGCAUAGAUGUCAGGGAUGUAUUGCCACCAUUGUUUUCACCACAAACUUGUGAAGAUGAAUCACUCAAAGGUUGUUCUUCAAAGAACUUGAUCCACUCCCAUGGUAAUAAUGGUGAUGAUAGCAAAGAUGGUUUUGAGUUUUGCAAAACAAAUAGCAAUAUCAAGAAUAAUGACUAUGGCACCUCAUUUCAUGAUGAUGAAGAGGGGAAUAACGAUAAUCAAUACAAUAAUUGCAUUGUUCCUGUCACUGAUAAUGUAGCAGAAGAUGAUGAAGUACUUGAUAUCCAACCAAUAAGUUCAUCAAUUCAUGUUCAUAAAACUAGUCCAAGUCCAAGAAUGGCAUCAUUAUUGUCUAAUAAAGGAGUGAAAGAUAAACGCAGAAGGCGUAGAGGGAGAUGCAAGAAACGAUCAAUGGCGGAUAUUUUAGCUGAUGCAAGGCAUUGUACAGUAGAGGAGAUCUAUAGGAUGAACAAGUUUUAUUAUGCUGCUGCCAUUGAAGGAUCUCAUCAGCAGCAGCUGCAAAUGGGGCCUUAUUCUGAAAAUGAUGAGGUAAAGGGUUGUGAUGAGGGUAGAGAUGGAAAUGAAGAUGAUUAUGAACAUCAACUUGGUUUGACUGGAAAGGGGACAUUGCUUCUUAAGUUCAAGCUCAAUGCAUGUAAUAAUAAUGUAAAUCGGAAUUGUGUAAAAUGAAUUCAUUAUUAUUAAUAUAUAAC